CAUUCACUCUAAGAUUUCUUUUGAAUAUGUGUAUAUAGUAGUAUAAUUAGUAUUUUUUAAAGUUUUAUAUUGCUACAUGAAAAGUUGUUAGUUCAUAGUUCUUGUGAAAUCACUUCAGUACAAGAUGGUCAUUAAUGUAAUGACGAGAGACGUGUGGCACGCAGAGCCUCCAAGAGUAGAGUCGAUGAUCAUCAGAAAAGCUACGCACGUGUUUUGGAUGAAUGUGAAGAGAAACGUAUGUUAUACUAAGGUUCACUGUAUCGAACUACUCAAGAGGGCACAGAGAUACAACAUGAGCAUACAGAACCAGCGGGACAUAAGAUACAAUUUCAUGGUCGGCGGGGACGGGUUCGUGUAUGAAGGGAGAGGGUGGGGCCAACCCCCACUGCUACCUAGGGAAUUCGCCAGGGUCAACUCGGAGAGUGUUGUUAUCGGAUUUAUGGGCUUCUUCAACUCAGUACAAGAACUUCCAAAUAUAAUGUUCAAGUCGGGACAAACCAUCGUUGCCAACGGGGUGAGGUGCAGAUUCAUCGAGAGAGACUUCAUAUUUCACGACUUUCUCGUCAACAAAAAGAGAGGCGACGAAGAUGAGCAAUACAAAGAAAUCAAGCAGGGCAGACCUGUGUGGUACCCGAAGGACCCGUUGGCCAACAAAUUCCAACGUCAGGGUUUCAAAGAAGAGGCCAAAAGAUUGUUCCCCGGAAGGAGGGGAUGAAAUGUUUCCAAGCAUAUUUAAUUUUUACCAACUACUUGAUCUUAUUUCUAUUGUUUAUUCC